AUGUGCAAAUCCAAAAUGUCAGUCGACGCCACCCAGCCCAUCUCCACUCCUCGGCGCACCCCGCAAUUGGCUCAACCCACCGCCUCUUCCUUCGAGCCCUCAACCUCCAACACCCCAAGCGACCGCUACACUUCCACCUCAAGCUACAAACUCUCCUCCCAGUCCCACGCCUCCACCUCUUCCUCGUCAACCUCUCUCUCCACCCUCAAAGACUCCCUACCCGUCCCCGAAAACCCGAUCCUCUACGACUACUCCGAGCUUUGCGCCGCCACCAACAACUUCCUCUCCAAGCGCUUCAACCCCACCCCCUCCUCCUCCUCCUCCACCCCCUCCUGGCGCUGCACCCUCCGCGGCAAGGACGCCGUCAUUUUCCAACGCAAAUUCCGCGUUAAGCUCUCCACCCCGGAGCUCAGGCAACGGCUCUCCACUCUCUGCCGCAGCCACCACACCUCCAUCACCAAGCUCCUCGGCGCCUGCGUCUCCAGCGACUACGCGUUCUUAGUCUACGAGUUUGUCAGUGGCGCCAGCCUGGCAGCCUGCCUCCGGAACCCAAACAACCCGAAUUACACGGUCCUGUCCACGUGGGCCUCCAGGAUGCAGAUCGCCACGGAUCUCGCGCAGGGGCUGGACUACAUCCACAACAGCACGGGCCUCAACGUCAAUCUAGUCCACAACCACAUCAAAAGCGGCAGCGUUUUGGUCACCGAGCCCCAUUUCAACGCCCGCCUCUGCCAUUUCGGGGCGGCCCAGCUCUGCGGCGAGACCGAUUCGUACACCCAUCUCAACCCGAAUCCAAAAUCCCGAUCCGAAAUCGAGGCCGUCGAAGGCCCCGACCCGAAAUUGAACCGUACCAGCAGCCGGAAGAACCAGUUCGAAGGGGUGAGAGGGUACAUGUCGCCGGAGUUUCAAGCCUCCGGCGUCGCGACGCAGAAGUCUGACGUGUACGCGUUCGGCGUGGUGCUCUUGGAGCUCCUGUCGGGGCAAGAGCCUUUCAAGUACAAGUUUGAUAAAACCAUGGGUGAUUUUAUCAGAACCUCGGUGGUCGACUCGGCCCAGGCUGCGAUUCGGCAUGGUGGUCUGAGGACCUGGGUGGAUAGGAGGCUCAAGGACUCGUUCCCCGUGGAAGUGGCUGAGAAGUUGACACGUUUGGCUCUGGAGUGCGUACACGUGGACCCGGAUCAACGGCCCAGCAUGGGACGCGUGUCGGUGAAAAUCUCCAAGCUUUAUUUGGAGUCGAAGUUUUGGUCCGACAACAUGAGAGCUCCCACCGGUAUUUCGGUCUCGCUCGCCCCGAGAUGA